UUGUUGUUGAUCGACUGGCCCUUCCCCCUGUCUGCGAGCUGUCAUCCAGACUCAGCCAGCCUCUGUCACAAGAAUCGUUUAGACCCCCAACUUGUCCCUACAGCCUCCUUCCCCCCCUACAGAGCGACAUAGCCACAGCCAGAGAGAAAGAGCAGGAGAGAGAGAGAGAGAACGGUCAAGAGGAACACAACAUCACUUUUAACUAUACAACUACCAUACUCAGAACCAUCCAACCAAGCAACCAAGCACCAGGCAGAUAGACAUCCCAGCCGGAUAACUAUCGAUCAACUCUCUGUUCACGAUGUCUGAUACUGACCACUACUCUCAAACCGACCAACAGGGUAAUCAAUCCAACAUCAGCCAGGAACACUCCGAACAACCUCUGGCGAAUGUUGUACGUAAAAAAUUGAUGGGAUACGUUGGCUUUGCCAACUUGCCCAACCAAGUCCAUCGCAAAUCAGUACGGAAGGGCUUCCAUUUCACCAUCAUGGUCGUCGGUGAAAGUGGUCUAGGCAAAUCUACUCUCAUCAAUACCCUCUUUAACACAACACUCUACCCUCCCAAAGAAUAUCCGGGACCUCAUGCUGAACGGCCACGGACGAUCGCAAUCCAAAGUAUCUCUGCGGAUAUCGAGGAAGCUGGUGUUCGUCUGAGACUUAAAGUAGUCGACACUCCUGGCUAUGGCGAUUUCGUCAACAACGCCGAGUCAUGGAGACCUAUCCUGGAGAAUAUCGAGGCUCGAUUUGAUGGCUACCUCGAACAAGAAAAUCGUGUCAACCGUGCCAAGAUAGUUGACAACCGAAUCCAUGCCUGUAUCUACUUCAUCGAGCCCACUGGUCAUUCACUCAAGCUAGUCGACGUAGAAUUCAUGAAGUGUCUUCACACCAAAGUCAACCUUAUCCCGGUGAUCGCCAAAGCAGACACGAUGACGGACGAUGAAAUCGCCGCUUUUAAGCAACGGAUCUUGGCGGAUAUCGCAUUCCAUAAUAUUAGAAUCUAUGAAGCCCGCCGGUACGAGAAAGAGGACGAAGAAACCAUUGCUGAAAACGAGGAGAUCAUGCGGAAAAUUCCAUUUGCCAUCGUCGGCUCGGACUCGGAAGUCCAAACAGCUGAUGGACGACAAUGCCGCGGACGUCAAUAUCCAUGGGGAAUCAUCGAAGUGGAUAACGAGGAGCACUGUGACUUUGUCAAACUAAGACAAAUGCUAAUCAGAACACACAUGGAAGAAUUGAAGGACCACACAGCCAACGUGUUGUAUGAAAAUUACCGAACGGAGAAAUUGCUUUCGAUAGGGGUCACUCAAGACCACUCUGUCUUCCAGGAAGUCAAUCCUGCUGCGAAGAUGGCCGAAGAGAGGGCCCUUCAUGAAGCGAAGCUGGCAAAGAUGGAGGCAGAGAUGAAGAUGGUGUUCCAACAGAAAGUGGCUGAAAAGGAGGCCAAGUUGAAGCAAUCGGAAGAAGAGCUAUACCAUCGUCACCGAGACAUGAAAGAAGCGCUUGAAAAACAAAAAGCGGACUUGGAAGAUAAGAAACGUCGUCUGGAAAGUGGAAGGCCCUUGACACCAGAGAAAACGAAGAAGAAAGGCUUCCUCAGCAAUCGAUAAAGAGCGACCCCAAUUGAGUCAAGCCCAUGAUGAUUAUAUUCAUCUCCUAUUGUUGGGACACUUUCCUUUCUCUUUCCCCUUCUUUUUAUCGCUAGUGACAACCCCAAUCUCCUCUGCCUCUUUCUCCCUCUCUCACUCACACAUCCAUAAACCUCUAGUCAUCUCCCUUUUGAAACUCAUGAUUUGAUUUUUUUAUGAUGAUUAUUUUUUUUUUGGUAAUAUGGCCACUUUGCUUUUGGUUUUCUUCCUAUCAAACUAUUUUUUCUUUGUUUUGUUAUACUCAUGAGAAGAAAAUGAUUUGAUCCUCUUUUGAUUAUCCUCUCCCUCUCUCAGUAUACAUAUUCUUCUUCUCAUAAGGAGGUUUAGUUUAGUUUUCAGUUGUUUUAAUCAUCUCUCUUAAUAAUGAGAAGAAUGUUUUGUCCUUUCCUCACUGUUUUGCAUCAUGAAAAGAAAAAAAGAAAGAACACCCCCCUCCUCUCCCCUCCACUCUUUUGUUUCUUCUUCUUUAUUCUCUGCUCUCUCUCUCUCUAGUAGUUUCUUUAUUUUACUUCACAACUUGUUUCAUUCUUUCAUUAUUUAUUUAUUUAUUUAGAUAUACAAAUUUCUGGUCAACUACUCUUUUUCAUCUCUUUCAUUCUACACUGCACCUCUUCUGCUGGGUGUGAGACUCAGAGAGAGAGAGAGAAUCAAAAGUGGGUUGAAGUGGCUGGUCUUAUGCUUGAAUGUAUGUAAGGUUGGACAACAAGAAUUGGGUUUUUUU